AUGUCUGAUCAGAGAAAAGAGCGUAUCUUUGUGGGGUUAGCAUGUGAUAUGCCUGUCGGAUCGAUCACCGAAGUUCCUUUGGAUGGUGCUUUGGAUCCGCCGGUGAAUGCAUUAGUAGCAAAUGUGCACGGAACGUACUAUGCGACUACGUCGAAGUGUACACAUUACGGCUUGGCAUUGAGCAAGGGUAUAUUAACAAGUGAAGGGCGCCUCUACUGUCCAUUCCAUGGUGCAUGCUUUAAAGUGACAACAGGAGAUAUUGAAGAUGCGCCCGCGCUUGAACCUUUAAAGACCUUCGAAGUACAGCGGGACAAUGAUGAUAAAGUGUACAUUUUGGUGGAUUACGAAGCGCUGAAACGGUCGCCCUGGGAAUCAUGCAAGAAAGAAACACACGAAAAUAAGAGCGGACUUCAUACUGUGUUUGUGGGAGGUGGUGCUGUGACGCUUCAUGCAGUCCAGGAGAUGCGGAGGAACGGAUACAAAGGUUCUAUAACUGUCCUUACUGCUGAGCCCUAUCCCACCAUUGACCGAACAAAGCUUAGCAAGGCGUACGCUCCUGAGCUAAAGCAUGCUCUUGUGAGGGAUGAGUUUUUUUGGCGCGAAACACUUAAUGUAGAUUUGCGCCUUUCAAGCUACGUUUAUGAUAUUGAUACAAAGAUGAAGCGUCUAAGUAUCCGAGGGGGGAAUACCAUUCUUUAUGACAAUUUAGUUCUGGCCACAGGCUCAGUCCCGCGUCGCUUACCCAUCGAGGGUGCUAAUGCUAAAGGUGUUUACGUGCUUCGAACGCAUUCGGAUGCAAAGGCUUUGACAGAGUCAUUGAGGAAGCACCCAUCGCCUCAGCUCGUCAUUAUUGGCACUGGUUUCAUUGGUCUGGAAAUGGGCAUCGCUCUGGCAAAGCAUGCAAAGGUCACAUUACUAGGGCAAACACAUGUGCCUCUCGAGGGACCAUUGGGUCGAAGUGUUGGCGGCGGUUUGCAAACCGCUAUUAUGAAUGAGCGACCUCUACGAUUUCUCAACGCGGUUGACCUGGUUCGAAUUGAAACAGAUAUGAAUAAUAGUGUGCGUGGUGUGACUGUGCAACCACGCGCGCGGGGCUCUCCGGAGCUGUUCCUUGCAGCAGAUGUGGUUUUGAUGUCCACGGGUGCCAAACCAGCGACUGAUUUUCUGCGGAAUUCGCCGUCGUUCCCUGCGUUGCGGCCAGACGGAUCUGUGGAAGUGGACGCGGCGCUACGCGUGGUGGGCCUGCAGAACGUGUUUGCCGGUGGCGACAUUGCAGCUUACCCUUGGGACAAUGGCGUUGUGCGUAUUGAGCAUUGGAAUGUGGCUUGCAACCAUGGACGCGACAUUGGGCGGACCAUUGCCUCUGGUCGAUUGCAUCCUCAUCGCCAUAUUCCUGUGUUCUGGUCAGGUCUAACUUCGCCGCUGCGAUAUGCUGGUGUAAGUCUAGGCUACAACCAGAUGCACGUGGAUGGUGAGCCUGAUGAAGCUGAGUUUAUUGCCUAUUAUGCUAAGGAUGAUCGAGUUAUCGGUGUAGCAACCAUGUGGAGAGACCCUAUGAUGGUCCAGGCAUUGUCAUUAAUGAAAGCUGGUAAAAUGCCCAGGCUAAGCGACAUUGUAGCUGGUCUGGACAUCAUGACGCUGACUACGACCCCCACGAGGAAGAUGUAG